UUGUAGGUCAAUGUGAUUGAAAAUGCGAAGAACAUAACGUUGCACGCAAAAAAUCUCAACAUAUCGGAUGCCGACAUUUCAAUCCAUCGCUUGAAGGGAGCCGAUAUGAGACAAGUAUCCAUCAAUCGAACCGAAUUCCAAGAAGAGUUUGAUUUUUUCAUCAUCCACACGAAUGAGGUACUCGAAAAGGACAAACAAUACAAUGUAUUUAUCCCAUUCAAGAGCGAUUUAAGCAAAGGUCUGCUCGGAUUCUAUCGCAGUAGCUACAUGGAUAAACAAUCAAAUCAAAAACGAUGGAUGGCCGUUACACAAUUCGAAGCUACUUAUGCAAGGCUUGGCUUCCCAUGUUUCGACGAACCAGAUAUGAAGGCAAAGUUUGAUAUUAGCUUGGGACAUCACAAAAACUACACCGCUUUGGGCAACAUGCCAAUACUCACCUCUGAACCAAUUGCGAAUAAAUCGGAUUGGGUACUCGAUAAAUUCGAUGUCACAGUGCCAAUGUCAACUUACCUCGUAGCGUAUACAAUUAACGACUUUGAAUUCAGGGAAUCAUCGGCUGACGGCGACGUUGUUUUCAGAAUAUGGGCAAGACGUGAUGCAAUUUCACAGGUUGAAUAUGCCAAAUUCGUUGGACCAAAAGUGCUGAAAUUCUUCGAAAAAACAUUCAAAGUAAAAUAUCCUCUGCCGAAAAUGGACAUGAUCGCUAUACCAGACUUCUCUGCUGAGGCUAUGGAGAAUUGGGGAUUGAUCACAUACCGAGAAUCAGUAUCGAUUUUUGAAGAAUCCAACACAACCGAAAAAGCUUACCGAUAA